AUGAGAAGUUUAAAAUCUUUUCUGUCCUUGUCGAACAAGGUUGUAAUGAACAACAACAAAACCUCUCUCAACAAACUUUCAUCAUGUGUUCAAUUUAAUUUUUAUUCAACAGAAAGAACCACCGGACAUGGAAGUUUAAUUUCUGGUGUUCCUAAGGAUCAAAUUUCAAGAACUGUGAGAAUUUAUAGACCAAGCAAAUCAGCAACACAACAAGGCAUUUCUAAAACACUCAAGUGGAGAGUUGAAUGGAAGAAGCAAUCAGCACACGGAGAAGUGUGGCACGAUCCUAUGAUGGGCUGGAAUGCUACCAAUGAUCCAUUAAUGACUACCUAUAUGUAUUUCAAUUCUUUGGAAGAUGCCAUUGACUACUGUAAGAGUCAGGGGUUUGAAUACGAAAUUGAGGACCCAGAAUCUAAGAAGAGCAGUGAACCAGAAGGAAAGUCUUACGCUUCCAAAUUCAAGUACAGAAAAGAGGAAGAAGAUUGGUAA